AUGCAGAAGGGGAUCCGGCUGAACGAUGGCCACGUCGCGUCCCUGGGGCUGCUGGCGCGCAAGGAUGGAACUCGCAAAGGCUACCUGAGCAAGCGGAGUUCGGACAACACAAAAUGGCAAACCAAGUGGUUCGCGCUGCUGCAGAACCUGCUCUUCUACUUCGAGAGCGACUCGAGCUCGCGGCCCUCGGGGCUCUACCUGCUGGAGGGCUGCGUCUGCGAUCGCGCGCCCUCCCCCAAGCCUACGCUCUCGGCCAAGGAGCCGCUGGAGAAACAGCACUAUUUCACGGUUAACUUCAGCCACGAGAACCAGAAAGCCUUGGAGCUGAGGACAGAGGACGCCAAGGACUGCGACGAGUGGGUGGCGGCCAUCGCUCACGCCAGCUACCGGACCCUGGCCACGGAGCACGAGGCGCUGAUGCAAAAAUACCUGCACCUGCUGCAGAUCGUGGAGACCGAGAAGACGGUGGCCAAGCAGCUGCGGCAGCAGAUCGAGGACGGGGAGGUGGAGAUCGAGCGACUGAAGGCAGAGAUCGCAUCUCUGCUCAAGGACAAUGAGCGCAUCCAGUCCACCCAAACCGUCACCCCCAACGACGAAGACAGUGACAUCAAAAAAAUCAAGAAGGUGCAGAGCUUCCUGCGGGGCUGGCUAUGCCGGCGCAAGUGGAAGACCAUCAUCCAGGACUACAUCCGGUCGCCGCACGCAGACAGCAUGCGCAAGAGGAACCAGGUGGUGUUCAGCAUGCUGGAGGCCGAGGCCGAGUACGUGCAGCAGCUGCACAUCCUGGUGAACAACUUCCUGCGCCCGCUGCGGAUGGCCGCCAGCUCCAAGAAGCCCCCCAUCACGCACGACGAUGUCAGCAGCAUCUUCCUGAACAGCGAGACCAUCAUGUUUUUGCACCAGAUCUUUUACCAAGGCCUGAAGGCCCGCAUCUCCAGCUGGCCCACGCUGGUCUUGGCCGACCUGUUCGACAUCCUGCUGCCCAUGCUCAACAUCUACCAGGAGUUCGUGCGCAACCACCAGUACAGCCUGCAGAUCCUGGCGCACUGCAAGCAAAACCGCGACUUUGACAAGCUGCUCAAGCACUACGAGGCCAAGCCCGAUUGCGAGGAGAGAACGCUGGAGACCUUCCUCACCUAUCCCAUGUUCCAGAUCCCCAGGUACAUCCUGACGCUGCACGAGCUCCUGGCGCACACCCCUCAUGAGCAUGUGGAACGCAACAGCCUGGACUAUGCCAAGUCCAAACUGGAGGAGCUGUCCAGGAUAAUGCACGAUGAAGUCAGUGAGACCGAGAACAUCCGGAAAAACCUGGCCAUUGAACGCAUGAUCAUUGAAGGCUGCGAGAUCCUCCUGGAUACCAGCCAGACCUUUGUGAGACAAGGGUCCCUCAUCCAGGUGCCCAUGUCUGAGAAGGGCAAGAUCACCAGGGGGCGCCUGGGGUCCCUGUCCCUGAAGAAGGAGGGCGAGAGGCAGUGCUUCCUGUUUUCUAAGCACCUGAUCAUCUGCACCAGAGGCUCUGGCGGAAAGCUUCACCUGACCAAGAACGGAGUCAUAUCCCUCAUUGACUGCACCUUGCUGGAGGAGCCGGAGAGCACGGAGGAAGAAGCCAAAGGGUCCAGCCAAGAUGUAGACCACUUGGAUUUCAAGAUCGGGGUGGAGCCAAAGGAUUCACCACCCUUCACGGUCAUCCUCGUGGCCUCGUCCAGACAGGAGAAGGCGGCGUGGACUAGUGACAUCAGCCAGUGUGUGGAUAACAUCCGGUGCAACGGGCUGAUGAUGAACGCCUUUGAGGAGAACUCCAAGGUCACAGUGCCACAGAUGAUCAAGUCCGACGCUUCCUUGUAUUGCGACGACGUGGACAUUCGCUUCAGCAAAACCAUGAACUCCUGCAAAGUGCUGCAGAUCCGGUAUGCCAGCGUGGAGCGGCUACUGGAGCGACUGACCGACCUGCGCUUCCUGAGCAUCGACUUCCUCAACACCUUCCUACACUCUUACCGGGUCUUUACCACCGCCGUUGUGGUCCUGGACAAGCUCAUCACCAUCUACAGAAAGCCCAUCAGUGCCAUCCCCGCCAGGUCACUGGAGCUCUUGUUUGCCAGCGGCCAGAACAACAAGCUCCUGUACGGGGACCCCCCCAAGUCCCCGCGUGCCACCCGCAAGUUCUCCUCGCCGCCACCCCUGUCCAUCACCAAGACGUCAUCGCCCAGCCGCCGGCGGAAGCUCUCCCUGAACAUCCCCAUCAUCACGGGUGGCAAGGCCCUUGACCUGGCCGCGCUCAGCUGCAGCUCCAACGGCUACACCAGCAUGUACUCAGCCAUGUCGCCCUUCGGCAAAGCCACACUGGACACCAGCAAGCUCUACGUGUCCAGCAGCUUUGCCAACAAGAUCCCAGAUGAGGCUGACACUGCCACCGAGAAGUCCGAAGAGCCCUCUGCCCUCAGCAAGCAGAGCUCAGAAGUCUCCAUGAGGGAAGAGUCAGACAAUGAUCAAAACCAGAGUGACGAUGGUGACACUGAGACAUCCCCCACCAAAUCUCCAACAACACCAAAAUCAGUCAAAAGCAAAAACUCCUCAGAGUUCCCCCUCUUCUCCUACAAUAAUGGAGUGGUCAUGACCUCCUGCCGCGAGCUGGACAGUAACCGCAGCGCCCUGUCAGCAGCCUCUGCCUUCGCGAUAGCCACUGCGGGUGCCAACGAGGGCACCCCGAACAAGGAGAAGUACCGGAGGAUGUCCUUGGCCAGUGCAGGCUUCCCCCCUGACCAGAGGAACGGAGACAAAGAAUUUGUGAUUCGCAGAGCAGCCACCAACCGCGUCCUGAACGUGCUCCGACACUGGGUGUCCAAGCAUUCUCAGGACUUUGAGACCAACGACGAGCUCAAAUGCAAGGUCAUCAGCUUCCUGGAGGAGGUCAUGCAUGACCCAGAGCUCCUGACCCAGGAGCGGAAGGCUGCGGCCAACAUCAUCAGGACUCUGACCCAGGACGACCCAGGUGACAACCAGAUCACACUGGAGGAGAUCACACAGAUGGCUGAAGGCGUGAAGGCUGAGCCCUUUGAAAACCACUCGGCCCUGGAGAUUGCGGAGCAACUGACCCUGCUGGACCACCUCGUCUUCAAGAAGAUCCCUUAUGAGGAGUUCUUCGGACAAGGGUGGAUGAAACUGGAAAAGAAUGAGAGGACCCCUUAUAUCAUGAAAACCACUAAGCAUUUCAAUGAUAUCAGUAACUUGAUCGCUUCAGAAAUCGUCCGCAACGAGGACAUCAAUGCGAGGGUGAGCACCAUCGAGAAGUGGGUGGCCGUGGCCGACAUAUGCCGAUGCUUGCACAACUACAACGCUGUUUUGGAGAUCACCUCGUCCAUGAACCGGAGCGCAAUCUUCCGGCUGAAAAAGACGUGGCUCAAAGUCUCUAAGCAGACUAAAGCUUUGAUUGACAAGCUCCAAAAGCUUGUGUCAUCAGAGGGCAGAUUUAAGAAUCUGAGAGAAGCUCUGAAAAAUUGUGACCCGCCCUGUGUCCCUUACCUGGGAAUGUACCUCACUGACCUGGCCUUCAUCGAAGAGGGUACGCCCAACUACACGGAGGACGGCCUGGUCAACUUCUCCAAGAUGAGAAUGAUAUCCCAUAUCAUCCGAGAGAUCCGCCAGUUUCAACAAACUGCCUACAAGAUCGAGCACCAAGCAAAGGUAACCCAGUAUUUACUGGACCAAUCUUUUGUAAUGGAUGAAGAAAGCCUCUACGAGUCUUCUCUCCGAAUAGAACCAAAACUCCCCACCUGA